UAUCCUUUGAUAGACCACUGCUAUGACGUGGUAAUAGUAGGAGCGGGAGGCGCAGGAUUAAGAGCGGCCUUUGGCCUCGGUAAAAAGGGAUACCGUGUGGCAGUGGUAUCAAAACUCUUCCCAACUAGGUCACAUACCGUCGCUGCCCAAGGUGGCAUAAACGCUGCUAUCGCCGACGAGAAGAAAGACAAUUGGCUGUACCACAUGUAUGAUACAGUGAAGGGAUCCGACUGGCUGGGCGAUCAGGAUGCUAUACAUCUGCUCACGAGGGAAGCAUCUCGAGUGGUCUACGAGCUCGAAAAUUACGGCUGUCCAUUUAGUCGGACGGAAGACGGUAGGAUCUACCAGCGUGCUUUUGGCGGCCAGUCGUUGGAAUUUGGCAAAGGCGAACAGGCUAAGCGAACCUGCGCCGUCGCCGACCGAACCGGCCACGCGCUGCUUCACACCCUCUACGGCCAGAGUCUUCGCUACGACGUGCAUUAUUUCAUCGAGUAUUUCGCCCUGGACUUGCUCAUGCACGGCCGAUGCUGCAAAGGUAUUCUGGCCUGGGAAUUGGAGACUGGACUUCUGCAUCGAUUCAGGGCUCAUCAUACAGUGAUUGCAACGGGUGGUGCUGGAAGAUGUUACUUCUCCUGUACCGCGGCGCACGCCUGCACCGGCGACGGCAUGGCGAUCGCGUGUCGAGCGGGAUUGCCGUUGCAGGACAUGGAGUUCGUUCAGUUUCACCCGACCGGCAUUUACGGCAGCGGUAUACUCAUAACCGAGGGCAGCCGGGGAGAAGGCGGCAAACUCGUCAACUCCGCGGGAGAAUUCUUCAUGGAAAAGUACGCGCCGGUGGCUAAGGAUCUAGCCUCUCGCGACGUUGUGUCGAGAGCUGUGACCGCCGAAAUACUGGACGGAAGGGGCGUCGGGGAGAGGAAGGAUCACAUUUAUUUGCAGUUGCAUCAUCUGCCGGCCGAGCUGAUACACGAGAGGCUGCCCGGAAUUUCGCACCUCGCCUGGGUGUUCGCCGGCGUGGACGUGACGAAGGAACCGAUCCCCGUGAUUCCCACGGUGCAUUAUAACAUGGGUGGCGUGCCUACAAAUUGGCGUGCCCAAGUAUUAACGAGAGAAAACGAGGAAGACAGACCGAUCGAAGGCCUCUGGGCAGCCGGCGAGACCGCGUGUGCGUCCGUUCACGGUGCUAAUCGCCUGGGUGCUAACAGCCUCCUGGAAAUUGUCGUCUUCGGCAAAGCCAUCGCCGACCAGAUCGACUGUAUCGCCAGGCCUGGCGAACGUCACGAGGAUCUGUCAUCAGACAUCGGCGAGCAGUCGAUUUGUCGCUUCGACGCGACCCGUUAUGCAAAAGGCUGCGUUCCCGUUGCCGAGCUGCGCGACGAGAUGAGACAUACGAUGCAGAAAUACUGCGGGGUACUAAGGACCUGCGAUAUUUUGCAGCGCGCUUGCAGGGAGAUGUCCCGUCUCUACACCUGCGAUCUGCCAGACUUAUGCGUGCAAGAUCAGUCCCUCAUUUGGAACACCGAACUCGUCGAGGCCUUGGAGCUGCAAAACAUGAUGCUCGUAUGCAUGCACAUCGUAUACGCGGCCGAAAAUCGAAAGGAGUCGAGAGGCGCGCACGCCAGGGAAGACUAUAAGGACAGAGUUGAUGAAUAUGACUAUACAAAACCGCUCGAGGGACAGAAGAAACGACCUUACACGGAACACUGGCGUAAGCAUACGCUUACUUGGGCUCAGGAUGAUGGAACGAUUUACAUUUCUUAUCGGCCCGUUAUCGACACUACUCUAGACGAAACCGAAGCCCAGCACGUGCCUCCUGCAAUUCGCGCAUAUUGACCCAAGAAAUGAGUAAUCGCCAGUAGCCGGAUAAUUGGAAACGUAAUGGAAACGCGAUGCAAUUAUGAAUCUAAGUCGGCUGUCGCGUUAUCUCGCUAAUCCCGCAUAUUGGGAGCCAGGCAUACGAAAUACGUAAAGUAGAUACUUACCAUCAGAAGUCGAGGAAUAUGCAACGAGAAAAUCGUCGAAAAACAUUUUUUCCUUAAAUAUAUUACUUUUAAAUAUUACUUCAUCUUACAAGGAUACCUUGCAUAAAUUGCCUCGCACGCGACACGCGUCGAUUUACAGUAGUAGUUUACUGGCAAAAAUAAUUAAUGCCUAUGUCAAUUUAAUUUGUAACGAAGAAAGCGAAUCAAAAAAGUCGCAUUUCUUAAAAGCAAUUUUAGUAAAACGUUCCUUCGAACUUUGUUUGCCGGAGCUGAGGCUGAUAGAGAAAUUAUGCAAGAAUGUUGAUGAAACUUCAUAAUCGUCUCCUUUUCUUUUGUUUUUAUAUGGAGGAGACAUCGAGCAUGGUCAUGGUUCAACAUGUUUCAGCAACGUCACUACAUCCGCAACCUAGUUUCGUAAGAGAUAAAGCGUUAAUUACCUUCGCUGAUAGUAUAAUUACGACAUUGCGCUGAUAAAUGCUCUCAAUAAACUUUUUACAGACGACAUAUAUAAAUUUUCACUAACUUUAUGUAAUAUUCUAUUAAAUAUCCAUGUUAGGUAUGCAUGCCUGCA